AUGGGGAAGGGCAAGGCCGUGCUUGCGCUACUCGCCAUCAUUGCCGUCAUCGCUGCGAGUCCCCUGCAGGCGUCCCAGGCAACAGCCGCAGAGGUUGGCACGUGGAUGAAGAUCGGCGGCCGCUCUCUCACCUUCAACGCGCUCCGCUGUGCCGCCAUUCCAGCCAGCGGCGGGAGUAGGAGCGUGCAGGUGUCAUGGCAGCAGGAAAACAAGACUUCGUGCACGGCGAUUCAGUUUUUUCGGAGUUCCAGCUGCACGGGGAAGACGGUGGACACUCUCGUGCAAGGCAAGCAGAGGUCCAAGCCCCUCGGCAAGGCAGUCAAAUCCGCCCGCUGCAUCAUUGCUGCCAGCAACCCCACCGUUUCUGCCAGCAACACCACAGCUUCUGCUAGCAACACCACAGCUUCUGCCAGCAACACCACAGCUUCUGCCAGCAACACCACCGCUUCUGCCAGCAACACCACCGCUUCUGCCAGCAACACCACCGCUUCUGCCAGCAACACCACCGCUUCUGCCAGCAACACCACCGCUUCUGCCAGCAACACCACCGUUUCUGCUAGCAACACCACAGCUCCUGCUAGCAACACCACAGCUUCUGCCAGCAACACCACCGCUUCUGCCAGCAACACCACCGCUUCUGCCAGCAACACCACCGCUUCUGCCAGCAACACCACCGCUUCUGCCAGCAACACCACCGCUUCUGCCAGCAACACCACCGCUUCUGCCAGCAACACCACCGCUUCUGCCAGCAACACCACCGCUUCUGCCAGCAACACCACCGCUUCUGCCAGCAACACCACAGCUUCUUCGGAGUACCCCGACGCAGAGAGUUCAAAUGAUAAAUGGAUAGAAAUUUCGUCCAUCACAGUUGUGGGCAGCGACUGGAGGUGCAAGGAGGUGUACUCCAUGUAUGGCCUCACGCUGCAGCAGUUUACCGCCAUGAACCCGGGUAUCGACUGUUCUUCUCUCCUUCCUCAUGGUCGCAAGCUCGCGGUGAAAGAGCUUCUGCCAGCUUGCUCUGCCUUCUACUACGUCCAGCCGAAUGACACAUGCUCGUCCGUGGCUCAGUUUCUCAACAUCACCGAGGAAAGCCUGCAGCAGGUCAACCCCGAUGUUAGCUGCCCGUCUAGCCUUCCCGCGUUCCGCUCUCUCUGUGUGGAGCGCGACCCAACCAUGGCCAGGCCGACAUGUGUGAAUAGGACACUGGUCAGCACAGGGGAGGACUUCCAGCAGGUGGCGGCAUCCAACGGAAUCACCAUGUUGGAACUCUGCAGGCUCAAUUCCUGGAUCUCCUUCCGCGCCUCCAGCUCCAAUGCUGUUCUUAGGAUUUGUGUGGGUGCCUCCUAUCCUGGAGCCUCGGUUUGA